GCCUCGCUCCUGGACACCUGCGCGGUGUGUCAGCAGAGCUUGCAGAGCCGGCGUGAGGCGGAGCCCAAGCUGCUCCCCUGCCUGCACUCCUUCUGCUUGCGCUGCCUGCCGGAGCCCGAGCGCCAGCUCAGCGUGCCCAUCCCCGGGGGCAGCAACGGCGACGUCCAGCAAGUUGGUGUAAUACGGUGUCCAGUUUGUCGUCAAGAAUGCAGACAGAUAGAUCUUGUGGAUAAUUAUUUUGUGAAAGACACAUCUGAAGCUCCUAGCAGUUCUGAUGAGAAGUCAGAGCAGGUUUGCACUAGUUGUGAAGACAAUGCAAGUGCAGUUGGUUUUUGUGUAGAAUGUGGAGAGUGGCUAUGUAAGACAUGUAUUGAAGCACAUCAAAGAGUAAAAUUCACUAAAGAUCAUCUAAUCAGGAAAAAAGAAGAUGUCUCAGAGUCUGUUGGAGCAUCUGGUCAGCGCCCUGUGUUUUGUCCUGUACAUAAACAAGAACAGCUGAAACUGUUUUGUGAAACAUGCGAUAGGCUGACAUGUAGAGACUGUCAGCUAUUGGAGCACAAAGAACAUAGGUAUCAGUUUUUGGAAGAAGCUUUUCAAAAUCAGAAAGGUGCAAUUGAAAAUCUGUUGGCUAAACUUCUUGAAAAGAAGAAUUAUGUUCAUUUUGCAGCUACACAAGUGCAGAAUAGGAUUAAAGAAGUGAACGAGACGAACAAAAGAGUAGAACAGGAAAUUAAAGUGGCGAUUUUCACCCUUAUCAAUGAAAUUAAUAAGAAAGGAAAAUCUCUAUUACAGCAGCUAGAGAAUGUCACAAAAGAAAGACAAAUGAAGCUACUGCAGCAGCAGAAUGAUAUCACAGGCCUUUCCCGGCAGGUGAAGCAUGUUAUGAACUUUACAAACUGGGCCAUUGCAAGUGGUAGCAGCACGGCACUACUGUACAGCAAGCGUCUGAUUACUUUUCAGUUACGUCAUAUUUUGAAAGCACGAUGUGAUCCUGUUCCUGCUGCCAAUGGAGCAAUCCGUUUCCAUUGUGAUCCCACUUUCUGGGCCAAAAAUGUAGUGAAUUUAGGUAAUCUAGUAAUAGAGAGUAAACCAUCUUCUGGUUAUACUCCUAAUGUUGUAGUUGGGCAAGUUCCUCCAGGUACAAACCACAUUAGUAAAACCCCUGGACAGAUUAAUUUAGCACAGCUUCGACUCCAGCACAUGCAGCAACAAGUAUAUGCACAAAAACAUCAGCAGUUACAACAGAUGAGAAUGCAGCAACCGCCAGCUCCUAUACCAACAACAACAACAACAACACAGCAGCAUCCGAGGCAAACAGCCCCACAGAUGUUACAACAACAGCCUCCAAGAUUGAUCAGUGUGCAAACAAUGCAAAGAGGCAACAUGAAUUGUGGAGCAUUUCAAGCCCAUCAAAUGAGACUGGCUCAGAAUGCUGCCAGAAUACCAGGGAUACCCAGGCACAGCGGCCCUCAGUAUUCCAUGAUGCAGCCACACCUCCAAAGACAACACUCAAACCCAGGGCAUGCUGGACCCUUUCCUGUUGUCUCAGCGCACAACCCAAUCAACCCAACAAGCCCUACCACAGCAACUAUGGCAAAUGCAAAUCGAGGUCCCACCAGCCCAUCUGUUACAGCAAUAGAACUAAUUCCCUCAGUUACCAAUCCAGAAAACCUUCCAUCGUUGCCAGAUAUUCCACCUAUACAGUUGGAAGAUGCUGGCUCAAGUAGUUUAGAUAAUCUACUGAGUAGAUAUAUCUCAGGCAGUCAUCUACCCCCACAGCCUACAAGUACCAUGAAUCCUUCCCCAGGACCCUCUGCGUUAUCACCUGGAUCUUCAGGCUUAUCCAAUUCUCACACACCUGUGAGACCCCCUAGUACAUCUAGCACUGGCAGUCGAGGCAGCUGUGGAUCAUCGGGAAGAACUGCUGAGAAAAGUGGUCAUAGUUUCAAAUCUGAUCAGGUGAAGGUCAAGCAAGAGCCUGGCACUGAAGAAGAGAUAUGCAGCUUUUCAGGAGCUGUGAAACAAGAGAAGACAGAGGAUGGCAGGAGGAGUGCCUGUAUGUUGAGCAGUCCUGAGAGUAGUUUGACACCACCUCUUUCAACUAACCUCCAUCUAGAGAGUGAGCUGGAUACAUUAACAGGCCUGGAGAACCACGUGAAAACGGAGCCUACAGAUAUGAAUGAAAGCUGCAAACAGUCAGGACUUAGUAGCCUAGUUAAUGGAAAGUCUCCAGUUCGAAACCUCAUGCACAGGUCGGCAAGGAUCGGGGGAGAUGGUAAUAGCAAAGAUGAUGACCCAAAUGAAGACUGGUGUGCUGUCUGCCAGAAUGGAGGGGAUCUUUUAUGCUGUGAAAAAUGUCCAAAGGUCUUUCAUCUUACUUGCCAUGUUCCGACACUUCUCAGCUUUCCAAGUGGGGACUGGAUAUGCACAUUUUGCAGAGAUAUUGGGAAGCCAGAAGUUGAAUACGAUUGUGAUAAUAUGCAGCACAGUAAGAAGGGGAAGACUGCACAGGGAUUAAGCCCCGUGGACCAAAGGAAAUGUGAACGUCUCCUGCUUUACCUCUAUUGCCAUGAAUUAAGUAUUGAAUUCCAAGAACCUGUUCCUGUUUCGAUACCAAACUACUAUAAAAUUAUAAAGAAACCAAUGGAUUUAUCAACAGUGAAAAAGAAGCUUCAGAAAAAACAUUCCCAGCAUUACCAAAUCCCGGAUGAUUUUGUGGCUGAUGUCCGUUUGAUCUUCAAGAACUGUGAAAGGUUUAAUGAAAUGAUGAAAGUUGUUCAAGUUUAUGCAGACACACAAGAGAUUAAUUUGAAGGCUGAUUCAGAAGUAGCUCAGGCAGGGAAAGCAGUCGCAUUGUACUUUGAAGAUAAACUCUCAGAGAUCUACUCAGACAGGACCUUCGCUCCUUUGCCAGAGUUUGAGCAAGAAGAGGAUGAUGGCGAAGUAACAGAAGACUCUGAUGAAGACUUUAUACAGCCUCGCAGAAAGCGCCUAAAGUCAGAUGAGAGACCGGUGCAUAUAAAAUAAAAUGACGUGGACUUAAAUCAGUUGUUUUUAAAAAGAAAAGAAAUAACAGAAGAAGGAAACGAAACAAAACGCCCUUUUAUUUAAGUGUUACUGGAAUAUCCUGUGUACAGUGGGUACCUCCUUAAAGAAGCUGGUAGCUUUCAUACAGUAUUAGAUUGAAAUAAUGGACACAGAAAACAUUCUUGUCAAGAAACGGGGAGAGAACUCUGCAACUUUAAAGUAAGAACAAAGUCAGACAUGAAAGAGUUUGAAGAUGGUUCUCUGGCUGUUAGAAACCUAAGUGAUCAUGUGUGUUAAUUGGUGCAGGAUACUGAGUCAGGCAAGCCUCCGAGGCUCAUAUUGCAUCAUGUGUCUCUAUUGGAGCACACAGUUACUCAGACAACUUCUAAGCCUCCUCCUACACAGACACCAAUGAGUUGUUUUCUGGUUAAAAAUCGAGUAGAUCAGUUUCCACUUGAAUGUCACUAAAAAUGCAUUGAAUCAUGCCACUGUAUUUCCUCUCAUUUUGAUCUAUUGGGCCUUAGUUAUUAAAUUGGUUUAAAGAACUCAAUGGUAGUUUUAUUUUCUACUUAGAUGUAGGGUCUAGGAACAUAACCAUUGAUCAUCUAGUCAACUUCAGUGGUGUACUGAAAUGAAUAUGAUAAACUUUGAGUAGUGGAUCACACAGAUUGAUGGAAGUCAUUUCCAGAAAACCCUUCUAAACAUCAUCCGAUCAUACAGUUAGUUACUCCCUCAAGGCAGAACAUUUAUCUCAGAACUUUCUGUACUUGUAAAUUAGAUUGAGAAGGUGACAACUGACUCUCACCCAGUCUUUCUUUGUACCAGUUUCCAGUAGACCAUUAUUGGUAAACAGAAAUCUGUCAGCUACCAAAUGUGUACAAUUUUCUGUAUUUCACUUUGUCUUAUUUGUAAAUAGUGAGCUCAGACUUCUGGCAGAUCAGCAACAUUUGCUGAGCCUGUUUUUUAAGCUAAUGUGUAUUCUUACUAAUGUUCCUAUCAAGAAUGGAUUUGUAAUAUAUGCUGUCUAUUUCUAAUGUUCACAUUCAUAUUUUGAGGUUCUAUCUUAUUUUAAUAGAGAACAGACUUCUCAAAAAAUCUUCAGAAGCAGCUUAUUAUUGAGAUAUCAAAAUAUUGAAAUAAACCCGGUGGGGUUAGAUUAUUCAUCUGUCCACCAAGUGGGACAUGUGCCUGGACUGGGGGCUUUAAAUGACUUAGAAGAGCGAGACCUGUUAAUAAAUCCUGAAAACGAGCCAAUCCCCACUUGAAUGGUAAUUGGAGUAAACCCAACUUUAUUUACUACCUGAUGACACAAGUAGUACCUGAAGCAGAUAGACCAACUUGAUCUGGUUUAUUUUCUCCUCUUUGUUGUAAUGCUCAAAUCAAGUGUGCUCUAGACUGUGUGCGCAUCUCCGUUGGAUUAAAAGUUGUAGUCCUACUUCUGUAUGGACACAGUAGAAUAAUAAAGUGACCAAAGUAGAAUUCAACAUCAGAAAUGUUUCAGGUAUCAGCAGAUGUGUGGCAAAUCAUUUGCCUCUUUAAUAAAAUCAGUUUAAGCAGUUCAGACUGUAGACUUCCUCAGAAAACUAUUUGACGUAAUUGUCGAAGAAGUGAAUAUUUUUAGUGUGCAUUGAAUCAAAUAAAGUGCUCUAAAGAAAUUAUUAUACAGAUUCCUUUGGGUUUUUUCUUAACAAGGGAUGUGGGUAAAGAGGAGUAUAAUUUAGGCCUUCUCAUUUAAGCUGCACUCAAACAGUAUUGAUCCUAUAACUGCUUCAUCUCCUGGAUCCUUCUAGCUUCUCUUCCUUAUAAAUUAAGCUUCUUUAAAAAAAAAAAAUGUACCAAACCGUUUUAUCAUUUUACUGAAGUUUCUCCUUCUGUUUUUUAUGAGGGGAAGAAAAAUUAUUUUACAAUAUUUUAUUUAUACCUACUUCUAUUUUUUUCUUUUGUAUCCAUGCUUCUAAUUUGUAAGUAGUUGUAUAUCUAAGGGUACAUUUUUGGGGGAGUAGGAGGUUAACUUCAUUUUGUGAAGCGUCUGGGCCAGUGUUUAUAUUUGCUCCUCAUAUUAACCCUUUACAAAAUUCCUAGUAAUAAGAUACAAAUAAGCUCUGUCAAGUGGGGCAGACACAGGUUUUAAGCAAAUGUUUCUCAAUAUUUGAAUUCCUGAGAGAGAAUAUGUUUCCUAGAAUCAUUCUCAUGUUACUUGGGGUUUUUAUUUCCUCUUUGUUUCUUUUAAGAUUAUCAGGUUAGAAGCUUCUUUUAUGGUCAGUGCAUAAGUAGGCUCCAUUUCUGUUAGCAAAGAUACCCCUACUGCUGAGGAAUUAAUUUAAUUGCCAUCAACAAGCCACUCUUUAAGUAAUACCACUUUACCUUUUAUAAAGCCCCCCUUUUUUUUUUUACAAGCUGAUCAUUGUGUUUCCAGACUGCUGAGCUUUAACAUGAGUAUAGUUUAAAAAAAGUAUAAAAACUUACAUUUUUAUUCAAGUUAUCUCAUUUCUCUGUUUAUAUUUUUAAAAGACAAAUACAGAAUGUCUUUUAAGUCCUGGAUGUUUGCAUUCCUUGUUAAAGCCUCUAUCUCAGAUAUGGAGAAGAGUCCAUAUGAUGAAUCCUUCAAAUGGGAAUAUUUCUUUUUCCCACCAGAUAACUAAGAAUAAGUGGUCCCAUCCCUGUUCUGUUUGCCUUAAUUUACCUAUCGUACCACUUCCACUGGCUUUAUCAGAUGCCACUGGUGUCUGAGGACUCUAACCUGGUUGGAUUGUGAACCUAACAUGCAAACAUCAAAAUGUUAUCAUGGAGCUAUGGUGGAGCAUUAGAUCCCCUGCUGAAAUUGCCCCCUUUGGAAUCAACAGGUUGUGGGGUUUUGCCCCCCCCCACCACUAGUGUUUCUUACAAGGGAAUUUUAGGUUAUUAAAAGUUAGUUUUAAUUCUUUCUUAUAACAGGUUUUGAGAUUUUUUUAGUUAAUCCAAAGACAUAAUGAUUUAGUGUUCAAAUUAUAGGUUUAUCAAUUACCUCAGCAGGUAUCCUGCCACGCAAUUUUUAGUGAGUAGUGUUAGUAAGCCAACAGAUUCAGAGGUCUUCCAACUAUGCUCUUAGGUUGUGGCUUACCACAUGUUACUAAACAGUCUGUUGUACCCAAAAUGGGGAGUAGAUGCUUUAGUUCCCCCUCCCUUGGCCUUUACUUCCGGUACCCAGCCUCUUUCACAUAUAACACAUAAAGUAUAAUUCCAUUUCUUCUUGUAGCCAGCAUUGGAUUGGAUCAGUAAGUAGUUUUGUUAAUAGAAAUUUAAAAUAAUAAUAAUAAAAAAAACCUACCCACCCUAACUCCCUGAAUUAAAACAGCUUCUUUGGGCUGGGGAGAUGGUUCAUGGGUGAAAAGCACUAUUUGACAAGCAUGAGGAUCUGGAUAAGUAAAGGUGGGUACAGUAGUGUCCAGUGCGCCUCCAGCAAGAUGGGAGGGCAGCAGUGGUAGAGCCCUGGAGGCCAUCAGCCAGCUAAGCUGGCGGAUUCAGUGCUGAGUCCUCUCGAGGAUGGAAGGCUAAGACUGACACCUGAAGUUGUCCUCUGACCUCCACACAUGCACACUAGCACAUACGACCUCACACACAACAUAUGAGUGUACACACACACAUGUCCUCACACACAUCGCUUUCACAUACAACAUGCAAGCAUACACAGCUCCACACAUGCCCUCACAUACAAUAUUCAAAUGUACACACCAUUCUUGCCUCCUUACUAAUUAUCUGCUGAAGGUGAUUAAGAUUUUUAAAGGUGUAUUGCAGUUUGAUUGUACACCUUACCUGGAUUAACUUCUUCCAGUUAAUGCUUCCUUGAUAAAGCAAUAAUGCUGCUUUGAGUCUGUUGCCUAAUAGCAUGUCAUAAUCCUCUCCUGGAUGGUGAUUUUAUAUAGGAAAGUUUGUAUGCAUAUCACCCAAUCUAUCUUUUAAAGAAUUAAAAAAUUUAAAUGUAUGCUGGAAGUAAUGACAAUAUAUCGUGGCAUUUUAUUUUAAAAAAUUGGGGAAAAGUUGCAUAUUUUUUUAAAAGUAGCUGUUUGAGUAAAAAAAAAAACUGAAGGUACUUUUUUAAGGAAAAAAAACUUUAUAUGCCACAGUUUACAUAGACAUUUCCAAUGUCAGCAUUUACUCUUGGGUAUAACAGUUUCUUUACUUGGCUAAAUGCAUGUUUUACUUGAUCAGAAGUGCAUCUAUCCCAUCUUAGUUACUUCCGUUUCUUUACAUGGUCCUUUAUAUAUUUUUAUUGUAUCUAGAAACUAAAUUAUCUUCAAAAGUAAGUUGGGUAUAUUUGUUAAACUACAGAAUGUAUACAAUCAAGGUUAGCCCUUUUCUAGCAAGUGUUAUUUAGAAACUGAAAAUGACCAUUGUGUUUCGUUCAAAUUCCUAUGAAGGCAACAAAAUGAUUUUUAAGUGCCACAAUACUCCAUUCAGCUGUGGCCUAAAUUUCAUUCUUACGAAUGAAAUGCAUGUCUGCUCCUGAUCUGAGAAAUGUAGGCAUUUUAUUGUGUUUUAAAGCGGUGAAACAUGGGUAUAAGCCUAUAACACAAGGUGUGCGCAAUUGGAAAGCCUGUUAAUUUUUCUAUGUAGACAUAUGCACACACUAAAGGGUUAAAGUCACAGCCUUACUAAUUCCUUGCUUCCAGUAUUUCAACUGGUCUCCUCCUCGUUACUACUACUAUUAUUUUUGCACAUAGUUAACUACCCUUCAGAAUGAUUCUUAAAAAGUGCUGUUUCUGUGGUAUUCUCUAAAUGAUCAUAUUUAAUUUUUUAAACAAGGUAACAAUUUCUAAUUGUUCUGUUCCUGUGUUUUUUGCUGCCGUGUAAUAAAAGCAAGCUUUUUCUUUUCCUGGUUAUUUAAUACAUUAGCUGCCUGUAAAUAAUUCCUGUUACAAUGCUCUGGAAUGUGUUGUAGAUGUUGUAUUAGAUUAGUUUGAAGCCUUGUUUAAAAACCACAUUGUUUUGGUUAUUUCUAUUAAAUUAGAAAAUUGCAAAAGUU